AUGCACCUCGCGGCUCUGUUCGCCAUUCCGCUCUUGAGCUCCCUCGUGCAGGGCAGCGCGGGCAGCUUCCUGGACCAGGCUAUCCAGUUGAUGGAAGAGACUCCGCUGCUGGACACACACAUUGAUCUGCCGCAGAUCAUCCGAAGCCUGAACCGACGACCCCUCGACGCCAUCCCGCAGCUGAACGGCUCGUUCCCGGGCCACGUCGACAUCCCGCGGAUGCGACAGGGCCGGCUGGGCGGCGCGUUCUGGACGGUCUGGGCGCCCUGCUACGACGUGACGGGCGAGGAUCCGGGCUCGGACUUCAACACGCCCACCAACCACCUGCGCGACGCGCUGGAGAUGCUCGACAUCAUCCAGAACAUGAUCGCCCGCCACCCGGACCACCUGCAGUACGCGCGGUCGUCGGCCGACGUGUGGCGCGCGUUCCACGCCGGCAAGAUCGCCUCGCUCAUCGGCAUGGAGGGCACCCACGUGCUGGGCAAUUCGCUUGGCGCCCUGCGCGUCUUCGCCCAGCUAGGAGUUCGCUACGUGACCCUGACGCACACAUGCCACAGCGCGUUCGCGUCGUCGGCCGGGCCGGGGACGCCCAUCGACCCUGUGCACGCGGGCAACGCCCUGACGCCACUGGGGCAGGAGCUCGUACGGGAACUCAACCGCGUCGGCAUCCUGGUCGACCUGUCGCACACGUCGGACGCGACCAUGCGGCAGGCGAUCGCGCUGUCCGAGGCCCCCGUGGUGUGGACGCACGCGGGGGCCCGCGCGCUGUGGGACCACCCGCGCAACGUGCCCGACGACAUCCUGCGCCUGAUCGGCGACGGCCCCGGGCAGAAGGACGGCGUGAUCCAGUCCAUCUUCUUCCCGCCCUUCAUCGGGCCCAACCCGGGCGCCAACGUCUCCCGCGUCGCCGACCACAUUGAGCACAUCGCCGGCAUUGUGGGGCGAAACCGCGUGGGCAUCGCCUCCGACUUUGACGGCAUGUACAUCUCAGUCGACGGCCUGGAGGAUGCGAGCAAGUACCCCAACAUCGUCGCAGAACUCCUCUCGCGCGGCUGGACGGCCGAGGAGAUGAAAGGCGUGCUGGGCGGCAACCUGAUGCGGAUCAUGGACAAAGUGGACGAAGUCGCCGAGACGCUCAAAGACCGGCUGCCGUCCUCGGCCAUCUGGGAGAAGCGCCAGGACCUGCCGGCGACGAAAUGGGGCGGCGGCGGGGUGCAGACGUACUGGCCCCGAGACGUCAAGGAGGCGGUGGAGAAGAUGACGGUGCGGCAUGACGAGUUGUGA